AUGUCUGUCCUACGCGCUGUCUUGAUUGUAGCUUCUUGUACUCUCGCCAUGAUGGUCAACAAUGUCAAUCAGACUUCCGUCUCUAUUGCUCUUCCAACCAUGGCAGUUGAGUUCGGUGUUACUGAAUCAGACUUAACAUGGGUCGUGUCAGCAUAUCCACUGAGCGCGGGUUGUCUUCUUCUUAUGUUCGGUCGAGUUGCAGAUCUCUAUGGGCGCAAAAGAGUUUACUCCUUCGGUGCUUUGUGGUUAGCUGUAUUUACCUUGGGAGCUUCUUUUGCCAACAAUGCAAUGACUUUAGAUAUCUUGAGAGGCAUACAAGGCGUUGGAGCAGCAGCGACAAUACCAGCUUCUCUCGGAAUUUUGGCUCAUUCCUUUCCUCCAUCUCGUGCUCGCACAAUCGCAUUUGCUACAUUUGCCGCUGGCGCGCCCAUCGGUGGAGCCCUUGGUACAGUCGUCGGCGGUGUAAUGGUACAAUUGACCAAGAAAACCUGGCGAUCUCUAUUUUAUCUCAAUACGGGUCUUACAGUUGCUUCCUUGGCUAUGGGUCUGUAUGCUAUCGACAAAGAUCUGCCUUCGGUGGAGACAGAUCAACGUAUUGACCUAGCCGGCACCUUCCUGGCGACCGCAGGGCUCGUCCUCAUCGUCUUUGUUCUAACCCAAGGAGAACUUGCACCGCAGCAGUGGAAGACACCAUAUAUAAUAGCGCUACUCAUCACUGGUGUUAUUUUCAUAGUGCUCUUUCUUUUCUGGCAGCACUACCUAGAACGCCAGAUGGAUUCUGCUCGCCCUCAGUCGAAAUGGAAACCUCCACCACUCAUGCGGCUAUCUCUUUGGACAAGAGCAAACGGACGAGUCGCUGUAGUGAUGACUAUCGCUUUUCUCAACUGGUGCUGCUUCCAGGGAUGGUGUUAUUGGUCUCAGCUUUAUUACCAGAACUAUCAAGGGCUUACCCCAAUCCUCACUGUUGUUCGUCUGGUGCCGAUGUUCAUCUCUGGUGUAAUCUGCAACACCAUAGUGGCCUUUGUGGCAGGUCGCGUGCCUUUCAUAUAUUUCAUGGUAUCUGGGACAGCACUCACGAGCACCGCUAGUCUUCUCUUCGCGCUGAUCAACCCCUCUGCCACGUACUGGGCUUUCGGCUUCCCCGCGUCUGUACUCUCCGUCAUCGGAGCUGAUUUUGUAUUCGCUGCUGGUACGCUUUUCAUUGCAAAAGCGUCUCUGCACCACGAGCAGAGUGUCGCAGGCGCAGUUUUUCAGACUAUGACUCAGCUUGGCACUUCCUUUGGAGUGACAAUAUCCACCGUCGUUUAUGAUAGAGUUCUAAGUGCACGGGCGUCAGACUACGGAACCGAUUCUUUAAAUGCGCCCAAACCUGCACAACUGGAUGCUUAUCAGUCCGCGGCAUGGUCAGAUUUUGCAUUCGGGAUAUUUGGUAAAUGCUUGCAUAUAUCUCCUGCCUUGUAUGGAUUUUGA